AUGGUCUACACUGCCCCCACUGCCAACCUAGAGGAGCCCGCGGCACCCGUCCGCCAGGGUCACAGGCGGACGCGCUCUUCGGGUCACCCUACGUUCCCCUCCGGUUCCUUCAGCCCCUCAUCGAGUCCUGGUCCCUUUGGCUCGCUCGGCGUCCUGCCUCGCCGGAAGACGACGGGGAAGAAGGCGUUCUUCCUCAACGACGAGUCGCCCGAGGAGCAGGAUGACCCGAUGAUCCCGGCUCCUUCGCCCGUCCCCGCGCACGCGCACCUGGGUCUGCACAUCAACACUACGGCGCUCUCGCCUUUCCCGAACGGCGGUUCGCCCCGCAUCCCGUUCCCGCGCGCCAGCUCCUCGGGCCCGCCCUCACCGUCGGUCAUGCCGUCCUCGCCGCGUCCUCAGAUCCAGCGGACGCCGUCGAGCCCGGUCGUGUUGUCCAACGGAAAGCCGCUCAAGUCGUCGCUCAAGUCGUCCUCGUCCGUGCCUCACAUCCCGGACGAGCUGAUGCCGAACCACCACAGCUUUCACCUGCGCACCAAAUCCGAACCGGCCACGCCGUCGGUCAAGUCGGUUCACUUUGCGGAAGAAGAAGACGGUGGGCUCGAGAAGGUCAGGGUCUACAACCGGCAAGGCCGGCCUGCGAACCUGCUGGUGAAAACGGGCGAGGACACCGAGACGGAAACGGAAGCCGAGUUCCCUUUCCCGAGCCUCGCGCGCGGGAACGCAACGGUCGGCGGAAGCGACGCGCAGGCGACGUUCGAGCUCGAAGACUCGCACACGGGCAAGACGAGCGCCAUCCCGCAGACGGAGCCGGACGCAUACGCCAACGUCUACCUGGAAUCCAUGAGCCUGCCGAAGACGCGGCCGGUGGCCAUCCGAGGGUCCGUGCUCGUCCGCAACGUGGCGUUCGAGAAGCACGUCGUCGUCCGCUUCACGCUCGACGACUGGCAGACGACCUCCGAGGUCACUUGCCACCACGUCGUGUCGCUCCCCGGCUUGCCCCCUCCGUUCCCGAGGGCGCGCACCGCAGGAGAUGCGGUCCACGAAGUCGCCAAUUCCAGUGGCGACGACAAUGCACCGCGAUGGGACCGUUUCUCGUUCCAGAUCCGCUUGGAAGACUACGAGCACAAGCUAUCGGAUCGCGUCAUGUGGCUCGUCGUCAGAUACAGCUCACCGGGCGUCGGGGAGUGGUGGGACAACAACCACGGAGGAAACUACCGAGUUGGCUUCAGGAAGGCGGUCGCGACCAGCUCGCCCGUCACCCCAGUCACCAGUCAGCAAAGGACCUUCACGGCUCCAAGCACUCUUCGUACCACGCCCAUGAGCGGGUCUGCUGUGGCUUCGCCGCUGGCCAUGGUCACAGGCCCGAUGUCGCCGCCGAUCGCCUCAUCGUCGAUGCCCAUCCCGAUGCCAUCGACCGCUGCUCCAGUACAUCGGCCGUCUGCGAUCGCAUUCGGGGCAUCACCCCCUACGUCUUUUAUUGCUUCGACCGUACCUGCAUCUCCUUCGGAAUCUGCGAACGGCGUGCCCUUCCCGACGGCAUACCCCUCACCGCCCAACAGUGCGCUCCCGUCUCCGGAGACGGCACCCAUGCCUCUGCCGGAACAAAAGGCGCCACACUCUUGGUCCGCUACGGAAACGUUGCUCACAUCUCGUCCGUCCCUGAGGCCGGCAAGCAUGCAACGUUCGAAUUCCUCGCCGCCAUUGUAUCAUCCUGCGGCGCCAGUGCUCAAGAUUGGGUCGAAGCUCAGCUUGAAGAAUUACGCGGCUCCAAAAAUCGAUUCUGCUGUUAGCCUUCCUGCCCAUGGUCAUUCCUCGAGCGCCACGGACCUUGCCUCCCAGUUGAAGCGGGUCAUCAUAGGAGGGCAACCAGCUUCCGUACCGGCGGCACCAACGUCCUCGACGCCGGUGGUGCGGGUGACUGGCGUUAAGAACCGGACCGACUCGCUGGAAUCAGCCAACGAAACGCCGGCGAUGACCAUGAGCCCGUCCAGUUCGCGCUCCGCCUCACUCGACAGCGUGUCUUCAUCGUCUUCCGCGACUACCACGCCGUCCAUGCUCCGUGCUCUCCCCUUGGCGACACUCGGCGCUCCUCGCGCUUCCUCUCCGCUCACCUCGCCAAGGUCAUCUCCUGGAAUAUCGCCUAGCUCAUCGUUCACGCACCUCGCCAGGGCCGCGAGUCCGUCUGGUAGCCCGCGUCGAGGCUCGCCCCAGCUUGGAUUCUCGCAGUUGCCCAGGACCGCCGGUGGCGGACGUGUGGACUCGAGCGACCCGACCUACGCGGCGUUCGUCAAGCAAUGGUGCUUUGCGCAGAGCCCGGUGCCCAGUCCUACUGUUGGCCCGGUUGAGUCAGCGGACAAGACUGCCCCCAAGGAGGAAAACUCGUGGCUGGGUGCUGGCAGCUACAACGUUGGUGCCACGGUGAACUGGGAGGCCGGUAGGGCAUGA